CCGAACGGUUCCUACUUCUGCAGCUUCAGAUGGAGCACACGAGGUUAACAAUGACACCAGACCUAGCUGCUGGAUAGCUUGCAGUCAGAACAUGUCACAGUGUGGAAUGGAGCAACGGUCAACCUUUUCUCUUACAUGCCAACAACGGCGUGUAGCAUUUUGAUUGAAACCCAAACAGUUGGGUUUUUACUUUUGUUCCCUCGUUUCAAGUAGGAAGUUGGCAGCUUUUCACGUCCAAAACAAGUCCUCACAUGUUGAUUUGACACAGCAGAAAAACACUUACACUCUGCAUCACAGAGUGGUCCAGCUGACACAAUGGUAGCAGAUGACACAGCAGAAAGUGGGGACAGAUCAGAUGGGGAGAAGAGGAUGGACCUGAAGGAGCCUGCAUCUGAAGACUGGGGAGGACACAAAGAUGGAGACGUAGAGAUGGUUGUCUUUGCUUCGGAGGGCCUGUCUCCCUCCGAAGGUCCCAUAGAGGCAGCCGAGGAGCCCAGAAAGUGGAAAUGGGCCGUAUUUUUCUUGUGCCUCUUUGGAUUUAUGACAUCGAUAAAGCCCGGGGAGCCCUUCAUUACACCGUAUCUACUCAGCCCUGAGAAGAACUUCACCAGACAGCAGGUGACCAAUGAGAUCACUCCUGUGCUGACAUACUCGUACAUGAUGGUGCUGGUGCCAGCCUUCCUGCUGACUGAUCUUCUGCGCUACAAGCCCGUCCUGAUCGUCCAGGGUGUCAGCCAGGUGGUCAUCUGGCUCCUUCUGCUUCUGGGCUCCACCCUCACUGAAAUGCAGUUGAUGGAGGUCUUCUACGGCGUCACCAUGGCCUGCCGCGUGGCCUACUCUUCCUACAUCUUCUCCCUGGUCAGCCCAGCCCUCUACCAGCGCGUGGCCGGAUAUUCCCGCUCCGCAGUGCUCUUGGGGGUGUUCACCAGCUCAGUGCUGGGUCAGCUGUGCAUAUCCCUGGGAAAUGUCAGCUUCUACACCCUCAACGCCAUAUCUUUGGGUUUUGUCAGCUUUGGUCUGGUACUCACGCUGUUCCUGCCCUGGCCUAAACGCUCCCUAUUUUUCCACCGGACAUGGAAUCAGGAGCAAAAGGAAGUGGCAGCAGUAGCCACCAAAUCAGAACUGGACAAAAUAAACCAGCAAGAGAGCGUCUUGUCCUCGGCGCCCCCACUGUGCUCUGCAUCACGCUGGAGGGAUUCGGUCUUUGUUCAGAUGCUGCUGGAGUUGAGAAACGUGGGUAGGAGGCCCAGCCUGAGGCUCUGGUCCCUGUGGUGGGUGUUCAACUCCACAGGGUACUAUCUGGUGCUGUUCUACGUUCACAUCCUGUGGAGCAAAGUCUCCCUGGCCGCUGAGAACAAGAUCAUUUACAACGGGGGAGUGGAGGCAGCUUCUACACUGCUGAGUGCGUUGACCUCCUUCACGGCUGGCUAUGUGAAAAUCCGGUGGAACGUCUGGUCUGAGCUGGUCAUCGGCGUCAUCACAACGCUGCAGGCAGGUCUGCUGCUCCUCAUGGGCACCACAGAGAACAUUUGGGUCUGCUACACGGCCUACGUCCUCUUCAGGGGCUUCUACCAGUUUCUGGUGCCUAUUGCCACGUUCCAGAUAGCCUCGUCACUCACCAAGGAGCUCUGUGCCUUAGUGUUUGGCAUCAACACCUUUUUGGGGACCAUACUGAAGAGCAUCAUCAGCCUGAUCAUUUCUGACAAGAGAGGCCUGGCGUUGGACGUGCAAGCUCAGUUCCUGGUGUACUUUGUUUACUUCGUCAUUCUCACCGUCGUCUACUUUGUCUGUGCCGCUGUGGUCAUCAUCCGUCACUAUAGAACACAGCCCAGGGGAGGAGGCGGGGCCAUGGAACAGGCGGCGCCCACGCAGCUCAGCCCCGUGGCCGCAGUUCCGGAGGCGGAACCUUUGUCGAACGGCAAAAGUGCCAAAGCAUAGUGACGAGAAACGCGUCCGCCUUAAACCGUCUUCUAUCAGUAUCUUGUCUAGAUCCCAGUUUUUGCCACUAAGCUCUUCAGACUCAACGGGAUCAAUCCUUUUAACGCUCUAAUUGUGAUGGAGGGGUUUUAGUGUUAGCCGCUGAGCCUUAAUUAUAGAAGUGCCUCCACUGACACCUGAAGCUCCUGCAACAACACCAGUCAGGAAGACGUCUUGUGUCCGACGUCUCGGGACAGUUCUGUUUUAGUUUUUGAUGAUAGGAUGCUGUAACUGAGAAGAGUAAAUUCUACUUUUUUUUUUUUUUUUUUUUUAAAUAACACCAAGCACUAAGUAUUACUAGGCUUUCACAUUGAGACAAAUCAACUUAAACAAAGAGAGGGACCAUUCAUGUAAUGGCCAGAACUUUGCCUCUUUUUUUCUUUUUGGUAUUUUGUACAGAAAACAAACAGUGACUUUCAGUUAUAACCUCCUGAACUGUCCUGUUUCAGUGACUCAAUGGCUAAUGAUUACUAUGUGACCUCUAAAUAUUACUAAGUGGUGUAGUCUAAUGUAUUAUAGUGGGUAUACUGUACUGUGUGUAUAUAUGGGGGUCUGGGUGGUCUUGCCAGGGAUGUUUUGAUCAUUAAUGACUUCAUUUCCUGUAUUCAGAUACACUUUUAUGCACCAAUUUACAGUGGAAAUACCCUUUUAUUUAGCCUAUGUUAAGAAGAAAACCACAGAUGACCAUUCAAAAUAUAGCAAAACUAUAAUGACAAGUAUGUUGUUGCGUGUCAUUGGGCAUUUUUUUUUUAGUAGGUAUGUGAAAAUCCUGAAGCUUUCAGAUUGGGUAUGCUGCGUAUACCUGCGUAUCACGUAGACUACACCACUGAUGAUACUCUGCUUGUUCUGGUUUGACGGACAUCACACAUUUGAGUUAUUUUUUUAUUGACACUCCUGUUGUAAUAUUACAGUUUGGUUAUGUGUUUGUACCGUUUUGAGAAAAAAAACCGAGACCAUAUUAGUACAAAUUGCUUCUUUUUUUUAUUUUUCAUUUUUAGAUACAGGGUUUCCUUUCUGUAUUGAUAAUAAUCAUAUCUCAUUGGUAUAAUAGGAUUUGGAAGGCUGUCAGAUUAUAUUGGUUUAUUUGAAGCUGAAAACUGCAGAUUUUAUGCAGUGUGUUAUGUAAUGUAAUUAAUGCUGCUAAAGUUGCUCUUUGUGAUUUAGCAGCAUCAGAAUAUGUUUGAGUUAUCCCUAUUUGAUACCUUGAAACAGGCUGCAGAAUGUGUUGCUUUGGAGAACUCUCAUUAUGUGCUUAAUUGACAAUCUAAAUGCACACCACUGAAGUGGUUAUAAAAUGUGAUAUUUCUUUUCAGUGUUGAUUUUCAGCAGUAUGCCAGGUGACAGGAUGACAAAGCACCUGUCAGCAGUACUGCUGCCUUUGACUCUAUUUUUCACUGUGUAUUUUAGGUCCAAGUAUGGCUGUUUUUUGUUUUGUUUUUUAAUUUACAAUCAUCAAAAACAGCAGAAAGCACUUGUAAUGGUUCUGUAGAGAACAGAAAUACUGUGUAAACAUAAAAUGUCCAUCUGCUUUCAGCAGGGGAUCUUUCUUACAAUAGACACAAGAGUAGUGACUAAGGUUUGAGUUGGAUUGUACUUACAUUAAGAAGAUAUUUUUUAAACUUGAUUGAAAUAAUUGCUGCAAUUUAAAAAAUGUAACUGUGAAUCUGUCUGAAUGCUGUAAAAAGAGGAAAAACUGACAUUAAUGUUUAUUUUGUAGUCACAAAUAAAUUGCA